AUCUUUGAGAUUUUAGACCCGUCUCCUGAAACUGUUCCUUCUGUGAAAACACUUGGAUUGUUUCGGCUGAAAGUACAGUUGUUCAUAACCUGCAAACUGGACGUGAGAUACUGCUUUGCAGUAGCUGUUAAUCUGCUGAUGAACUCAUUCUUAAGUGUGCUUGGCUUGCAAGCUUUACGAGAUGUUGUUACAGUGCCUGUAUUUGGGCAUUUAGGUCUCCGGGUGAAUGGGGAGCUCAUUACUGCCUACCCGCAGGUGGUGGUUGUGCGUGUGCCAACACCUUGGGUCCAGAGCGACAGCGAUAUCACAGUCCUUCGCCACCUGGAGAAGAUGGGCUGUCGGUUGAUGAAUCGUCCCCAAGCCAUCCUUAACUGUGUCAACAAGUUCUGGACGUUUCAAGAACUUGCUGGUCAUGGUGUGCCUCUUCCAGACACUUUUUCAUAUGGUGGUCAUGAGAAUUUUGCCAAAAUGAUUGAUGAGGCGGAAGUGCUGGAGUUCCCUAUGGUGGUGAAGAACACGCGGGGUCACCGAGGUAAAGCUGUGUUCCUGGCACGAGACAAGCACCAUCUGGCAGACCUCAGCCAUCUGAUCCGUCACGAUGCCCCUUACUUAUUUCAAAAAUACGUUAAAGAGUCCCACGGCAAGGACGUGCGUGUCAUCGUGGUAGGAGGCCGUGUGGUGGGCACCAUGCUCCGCUGCUCGACAGACGGGAGGAUGCAAAGUAACUGCUCGCUUGGUGGCGUGGGAAUGAUGUGCUCGCUGAGCGAACAAGGCAAGCAGUUGGCCGUCCAGGUGUCGAACAUCCUGGGGAUGGACGUGUGCGGCAUCGACCUGCUGAUGAAGGACGACGGCUCCUUCUACGUCUGCGAGGCCAACGCAAACGUAGGUUUCAUUGCCUUCGACAAGGCUUGCAAUCUAGAUGUAGCUGGUAUCAUAGCGGACUAUGCCGCUUCCCUGCUCGCCCCCGGUCGCUUGACGCGGCGCAUGUCCUUGCUCUCCGUGGUGUCCACGGCCAGCGAGACUAGCGAGCCAGAGCUGGGCCCUCCGGCUAGUGCCGCUGUCGACAAUAUGAGUGCUAGCUCCAGCUCUGUCGACAGCGACCCUGAGACCACGGAGAGGGAGUUGCUCACCAAGCUCCCGGGGGCUUUGUUCAACAUGAACCAGCUGUUAGCCAAUGAGAUCAAACUGCUCGUGGAGUGACGCCACCUGUAAAUAGAUGACCGACAGAACUCUCUCUUGUAAAUUUAUUUUUAUUUUUUAUUUUUUUUUUUUCCUUUUUUAAACCAACUUGCAAUGCUGUUUAUCGGAGAAGCUCAGAGGAAUGAGGAAACGGGGGGGAUGUCCAUCAGGAGAGCAAAAGGCACGCGUGCUGGGGUUGCUGCCUCUGCUGUUUUUUCAGAACGUAAAAAUUGGGUUGGCUCUUC